GCUGUGUUAUUCCAUAAACUUUAUUUUAUUUUAUUUUAUUUUAUGUUUAUUAAACAUCUGGGGGUGAGGGGCACGGGAGGGAAUUCCGUGCACAUCCUCCAGGAAACAAUUCCCAAAGGGAUGAACGGAAUUCAAUUUUCCCUCUCAGUAUUAAACUUUUGUCCUUGUCACUGCUCCAGGCAGGACAGGGGGGACCAGAGCAGCUCCAGAGGGAUCAGAGGAGCUCCAGAGGGACCAGAGCAGCUCCAGAGGGAUCAGAAGAGCUCCAGAGGGAUCAGGGCAGCUCCAGAGGGAUCAGGGCAGCUCCAGGUGGGAUUAGAGCAGCUCCAGAGGGAUCAGAGCAGCUCCAGAGGGAUCAGAGCAGCUCCAGAGGGAUCAGAGGAGCUCCAGAGGGAUCAGGGCAGCUCCAGAGGGAUCAGGGCAGCUCCAGAGGGAUCAGAGGAGCUCCAGAGGGAUCAGGGCAGCUCCAGAGGGAUCAGAGGAGCUCCAGAGGGAUCAGGGCAGCUCCAGAGGGAUCAGAGGAGCUCCAGAGGGAUCAGAGCAGCUCCAGAGGGAUCAGGGCAGCUCCAGGGGGAUCAGGGCAGCUCCAGAGGGAUCAGAGGAGCUCCAGAGGGAUCAGGGCAGCUCCAGAGGGAUCAGAGGAGCUCCAGAGGGAUCAGAGCAGCUCCAGGUGGGAUCAGGGCAGCUCCAGGUGGGAUUAGAGCAGCUCCAGAGGGAUCAGGGCAGCUCCAGAGGGAUCAGAGGAGCUCCAGAGGGAUCAGAGGAGCUCCAGAGGGAUCAGAGCAGCUCCAGGUGGGAUUAGAGCAGCUCCAGAGGGAUCAGGGCAGCUCCAGAGGGAUCAGAGGAGCUCCAGGUGGGAUUAGAGCAGCUCCAGGAGGGAUCAGGGCAGCUCCAGAGGGAUCAGAGCAGCUCCAGGUGGGAUUAGAGCAGCUCCAGAGGGAUCAGAGCAGCUCCAGAGGGAUCAGGGCAGCUCCAGAGGGAUCAGAGCAGCUCCAGAGGGAUCAGAGCAGCUCCAGGUGGGAUUAG